CAAGGACAAAUGCUUUCCAUGUUUCCACUUAUUAGAAGUUGCAUAAGUAUAAGUACAACAAAGAGUGUAAUUACCAGACGAGAGAAAAGGAAAAGAACAGGCAGCUGCAAAGUGAGAGAAAAGAGCAGGCAACAGCAAAGUGAGAGAAAGUUAGUGUGCAAGGAUCACUAACUUAUUUUGUUUAAGGAUGGAUCGAGUACGGCUAAUCAGGCUCAAGUCCUUUCAUACCCUACCAUCAAUUACGAAGCGAAACCCGCUUUAAAGAGUGAAUAAGAAUAGAGAAAAACAUAAAACCUUUAAGAACAGAAAAAAGCCAAAAGCCGUUAGGGAUAAAAGAAAACCCAAUAAGUAGCCCAGGGCUUUCCUUCCUUGGGGUUACAAGGUCGUUAUAGUCAGGUUCUUGAGACUUCCAAGCGUAUCGUAGAGGACGAGAGACUUCCAAUUGGGAAACUUUUAUGAGACUUCCAAUUGUAUCGUAGAGGGCGUGCGUCGUGGACAUAAUUUUUCUCGACUAUAGUACUUAGACGGAAUUGCUAGUAGUUGAGUCGCCUUUUAUACCCCUGGAGUGGCUACCGGUACAUUCAUUUUUUAUUCAUAUUCGUCGUCAAGGAUAAUGAAGAGAAUCGCCCUCGUGAAGUACUUCCCCUGUUGUACUUCUGCAUCGGUAGAAGAUUAGAAGCAACUGCUGCUAUCGUUAUCGAUCGUAUCGACGACGGCUAUUGGUGGAGCUGAAAUGAAAAAAGUUGUGAAAAUGCUUUAUCAACAUGGAAACACCGGACGAGAGGCAGGCUUACCCUGCCGAACAAGGUGAGGCAAUUCCUAUCGUGUCCUAUCCUAUCCUACUUAUCCUAAAAGACAACAUUCACCUAAAAGCCAACACUCAUGACCUCAAGAAUGAAAAGGAUAGUCAUUGUUCUCUCUGUUUUCACGGUAGAAGACUGUCAGUGUUUAUUUCAAGGUAGAAGACUGACGGAAGAAGUCUUAAUAGACGACGUAGAAGUACUAGAAGUUCCAAGAAGGAAUAUCCAAAGAUGGCCCAGCGAUCUAAGAAACGCGACAUCCUUGACGGAGUCGAAUUCGACGAAGACAAGAUAUAUUCUUAAGGCUAAAGCUAAUCGCAGCUCCAUGAAUCCCUACUUCUAUCAAGAAAUAAUGUUGAGUACUAUGUUUCUCCCCAACUACAGCAACUACAGCAAAUCGUCCCAAAGACACCUUAACUUGUAUUUGUCAUCACGAAUGGGUACAUGACUACUACCAAUAGUACUGAUACCACUCCUAUUUCAACUACGUCUACUAGCUACUACUCCUACAGCUAGCCACCUACUACCUACUACUCCUGAAGACGACAACUGCUAACUAAAUCUUCUAUUUACCCCAUGAUUGGGCACAUCAGGUACACUACAACUACUAACGUUCGGCUGCAUCUCUCCUCUAAUGUUUCUGCAAGAAGAUCGUGCGCCAUGGCAGCACGCUUUUAGCCGUGCCCUUCUAUGCCUCGAAGAUUGAAGCACCGAAAGCCAAGUUUGACGGACGAACUACACACAAUGCGGUACUGAAUUUUGAUGUCGAAAAAUCCUAAUUUUCUCGAAUGCUGGUUAGGCUCCUGGUUCUGUAAUAAAUUAUAUCAUAAGAUGAAUGUUGAGUCUCCUGACCUAAGAAAAAUGUUCUUGAGUAUCAACAACACGAAUUAUGUCUUCAACAACAAGAACAACAUAUAUUACACUCGAGACAUACUUAGUGUCAUUCUCAGGUAUACAAUCUGGCAAACGUUACGCGGACCUCGGCAGGUGCGAGCCCUGAGAAGAAGCCUAUUUCCGUCUAUCGUCCCAACGCUCCACUUAUGGAAAAACAGAAAUUUCAUAAAAUAGAACAUGAUUCAAAUUUAUGACACUGAUUCAUGUAGCACUUCUACCAUCCGCUAAGUAACAUACUCAUACUCGGUAUAGAUAUUGAAUUUGAAAGCAAGAUAAGGCUGACAUUAACAACUCCUUACUCAUGACUCUAACAAACGCAGUUUGCUGAAGCAGGAACAACCCGUGCCACAGUCGCGUGCUGACUCGAGUCUCGUCUUUGAUCGACCCGCAAGACGACCGUAUUUGAUUCUAUAUUUUAUGCAGUAAGAAACGACCGUGCUUUUUUUUUCCUGGUACUAUUUCUUUACCCUGCAAGACGACCGCACUAUUUUUUUCCUCGUCUUCACCAGAGAAGAGAAAUAUCAUUUAAAUUCACCAUGAUCCAAAAAAAACUACAGGUACGUGACGAACCAUUUGAACGAUUAUCGUGGUCAUAUGGGUCUCCAAUCUGCGAAUACUGGCAUCACCAGUAUGAAGGUGAAAGAGUACCACAACCUUCAGCAGAUGUGAGGUCUGAGGCUAGCUGUGAGCCUCAAGUAAUAGGCCACCGCCGAAAAACAGAAACAUGCCAUGAAAUUUCGAGAAAUAGUAGUAAUCAUGAUUGUUAAAGAGACUUCUACGCAUGCACUAACACUUAACUGUAUAGAACAAGUCGUAAUUGAAGAAAAGGAUGAACUAGCUAAUCCAAUAAACUCCUGAAACAACUGUAUGUCUAUUAUAGAGGACAACUAUGUAUAAAGUCCUCCGUGUUCAAUAUCUAUUUCAAAAAUCUCGCUUCGUACCGAAAAAUGUCUAGAAAACCCUUGUAAUAAAUAGAAUAAUGAUUGCUUGGUCUAGUGAAAGAGAUGGAUGUACAUAAACAAUUACAAUGAAGUGAAUCGAUACAUAGCUAAAACUUCCUAAAUUGACUGUAUCCAAGAACAUGAUAAAUUUGUGUCUUGAGAUUGAAUGAAAGACUUCUUUACGCAGUUGCUUCUUGUACUAUACAUAACAUUGGAUUCUUCACGAUCUACUUCCAUAUCUAGAACAACUGCAGGAAACAAAUGGUAAUGGGAUAUUACAACCAUAAGACAUUUCGGACUUUUCGACUCGUUUCGUAGAUGAAUCUUCAGGAAUACAGAAGAUACAGAUAGACGCAUUGCAGCACUUUUCUGAAUGAAGCUGCUAUCGGU